AUGGACGCUUCGCCGGGCCAGGUCAAGGUCAUCUUCACCACCCAUGAGGCGGACCUUCAGUUGCCCGAGUCCAAACAGCAGCUGCUCGUUCCAGCUGAUAUCAAGCGCUAUGGCCUCUCACGGAUCCUCAACUCCGAGUCAAUGCUUGAUACCUCGUCGCCUGUCCCUCUCGACUUCCUCGCAAACGGCACCUUUCUGCGCACAAGCAUCCAAGACUAUCUUUCGGCCAACGGCCUGUCUUCCGAAACGACCCUGACACUCCGAUACGUCCGCAGUCUGCUCCCACCCGUCUAUCAGGCGAGCUUCCAGCACGAUGACUGGGUUGCCAGCGUCGACGUGCUCUCCUCGACUGCCCCGGCUGGCAGACUGUCCGAGGGCUCCAACGUGAGCGACAGACUGGCUAGCGCAUCGUAUGACGGGCUCGUCAGGAUAUGGAACCCCUCUGGUGAGACAGCUGCAACAUCGUCAUCGGGCAGGGCAGGUGGCCACGCCCAGCGACUCAAUGUUGUUCGGUGGUUGGCGCCGUCAAAGCUCGCAUCGGCGGGUCUUGACAGGAAACUUGUCGUAUGGGACUAUAAAGAGUCCAAUGGCAGCUCGGGAUCCCUGAAGCCCAGCAUGGAGCUAUGGGGCCACGACAAGAGCAUCAAUAGCAUCGACGUCAACGGAUCCACGAAACGAAUUCUCACCGCGUCUUCCGACGGCUCCAUAGGCCUAUGGACGUCCUCCAAGAAGACGGCGCCCCAGGCCGACCCCGAUAGCUUGCCCUCGGCACACAGCACGAAGCGAGCAAAAUUUUCGUCUGCGGCGGGCUCGACAGCCCAACGAGGCCCUCUCGCCUUGAUGCCGAUGCACAACGAGCCCGUCACUGCCGCCAUCUUCCACCCCACUGACGCGACCGUCGCCUACUCGGCGUCUCAGGAUCACACGGUGAAGACGAUUGAUCUGACGACGCAGAAAGAGGUAUCGCGGUUGACGACGAUGCACCCGAUACUUUGCGCGACGGCGCUGCCUGCCAACUCUCUGGUGGCGGCGGGUUCCUCGGCCAGACAUAUCACUCUGCUGGAUCCCAGGGAAUCCGCGGCAGCCACCGCAGCCAUGACCCUCCGUGGCCAUGUUAACAUGAUUUCGUCCCUCGCGCCGUCCCCGGAAAACGACCAUUCUCUUCUUUCCGGCUCGCACGACAGCACAUGUCGAGUAUGGGAUCUGCGGAGCGUGCGGCCGGGCACUUCCGAGGAAGGCGGAGGCCGUGUGCUGAGUGUUGCCUGGGACAAGACGUGGGGCAUUGUGAGUGCGGGAGAGGACAAGAGGGUGCAAAUCAACAAGGGGAGAGGUUUGCUUGCCUCGUAG